AUGUGUGACAUGUGGGUCCUGGACAAAGAGAUCCAAGCAAAGUGCUCGGUCUAUGUUCGCCACUUAGACAGGUGCCUCCCGUACCAGUUCCAAAGGUCCUGCGUGAACGCCGUGUUCCACUUGGAGCGGAAAGGUGAUUUGUACUUCCGCUCGAUGUUCUUCAUGGUCUUUCUCGUGAUCAUUGUCAGCCUCUGUAGUUUGAUGAUUCCGCUUGAGGAUAUCAGUGGGAGGCUGGCGCAUUUGAGUACCUGCUUCCUGGCCAUCAUGGCGUAUCGUUACAUAGUUGGCGACAUGUUGCCGCGCAAGGAGUACCUCACACCAGCUGACAUGAUGUCAUCUUUGCCUGCGGACUUCAAGUGGUCAUGGUGGUCGAAACGAUCCUGCUACAGUAUGUCGAUGGCUCGAUUGCAAACACUUUACUGA